AGUCCGAGCGCUCAGACGGAACCAUCAUAGUGAUGCACACCCGACAAUAAGUGAGCAUGGCGUCGGGUCACUUGUGCAAGCUACACGGCCUCUUAACGCGACUUUCCACCAGCACGGCGCUACGAAGUGCACAAACAUGUUUGGUGCCAGUGCGACAGAUGUCCGGUGGUCCUAUAAUUGAUGAUAACUGUGAUGUGGAAAUCGGUCUGACUUCAGAUGGGAAAACCGUAGUGUGCUACCAUCCCACUGUCGACAUUCCUUAUGAGCUCACCCAGCCUAUAGAACGGCCGGACCCCGUGGCCAACCAGGCUGAAACCCACGACCAGGUUUUAAAGGACCACCUCGGCAAGGAGGGGCUGCAGAGCAACCAGGGGCCCUCUAUAGAGGAGCUGAGCAAGAUGUUUUUCACCACCAAACACCGGUGGUAUCCAGUAGGACGGUACCACAUGGGACGCAAAAAGAAGGAUCCUCCGAAGGACAGAUAGUCGAAGGCCAAGGUUACGAAACAGGAAAUGUUUGUUUUUGUUAUUGUCACAAUGAUGUAUAAUAAACUGUUAAAUAUUAA